AUGGAGCAUGUCCCGCCUUCCGAUGCUCCGGCGGGGGUCUCCCCGUUCAAAGAUGGGCUUUUCCCGUUCCCUAAGGCGCCGAUGAAAAAGCAAGCGGUAAAGCGGCACUACCACAAGCACAACCUGCGGCAUCGCUACGAGUUCCUGGAGACGUUGGGCAAAGGCACCUACGGCAAAGUGAAGAAGGCGAGGGAGCGAUCCGGCAAGCUGGUUGCUAUCAAGUCUAUCCGGAAAGAUAAAAUCAAGGAUGAGCAGGAUCUUCUCCACAUCCGAAGGGAAAUUGAAAUCAUGUCUUCUCUCAAUCAUCCACACAUCAUUGCUGUUCAUGAAGUAUUUGAAAACAGUAGCAAGAUUGUCAUUGUGAUGGAAUAUGCCAGCAAGGGAGAUCUUUAUGAUUACAUUAGUGAGCGCCAGAGAUUGACGGAGCAGGAAGCUCGGCACUUCUUCAGGCAAGUGGUGUCGGCAAUCUAUUAUUGUCAUAAGAAUGGAAUUGUUCAUAGAGAUCUGAAGUUAGAAAAUAUUCUUUUGGAUACAAAUGGAAACAUCAAGAUUGCAGACUUUGGCCUUUCCAAUGUUUUCCAACAAGAUAGGCUUCUUCAAACAUUCUGUGGCAGCCCCCUCUAUGCAUCUCCUGAGAUAGUUAACGGAAGGCCUUACAAAGGACCUGAGGUUGACAGCUGGUCUCUUGGCGUUCUUCUCUAUAUUUUGAUCCAUGGCACAAUGCCAUUUGAUAGCCAUGAUUAUAAGACACUGGUAAAACAGAUUACAAGAGGAGAUUACAAAGAGCCCACCAAACUUUCAGAUGCCUGUGGCUUGAUCCGAUGGAUGCUAAUGGUGAAUCCAGAACGCCGAGCUACCGUUGAGGACAUAGCCAGCCAUUGGUGGAUCAACUGGGGUUACAAAGUACCAGUUGGGGAACAGGAGUCCGUGCGAGAGGAUGAAUCUCCAUUGGCUACUGUUGCAGAUUGGCUUCGCCGCUCCUCCAGGCCUUUGUUUGAAAAUGGCUCCAAGAUGCGGUGCUUCUUUAAACAACAUAUCCCUGGUGUCACGUUGGAGAAGCAGCGUUCACUCAAGAAGUCAAAAAAGGAGAAUGACGUGUCUCAUGCUGUGCAAGAAACAGGCUUAGCACCAGAGAACCAAUCCAAAUCAAUCCUAAAGAGACCUAAAGGCAUAUUGAAAAAGAGAAACUCUUGUGAGAAGUCCCAGGGUCCUUCUUCAACUGUGGUAGCUCCUCUUGAUAUGCAGAAAGAAGACAAUACUAGACCUGCAGUUGAGCUAGCUUGUGUCCUGUCUUCCAGAUCCUUGGCCCACAAUACAGAGGAUGUUGUAGCUGUCCCUCCAGUGCCCAAGAAAGGAAUUCUGAAAAAGACACCGAAGAGAGAGUCUGGCUAUUACUCAUCUUCAGAGCGUAGUGAAUUUGCAGAUGUUUUAGACUCUGAAAACAUAGACCUCAAUUCCAGUGUCUUUGUGGGCACUCCCUCCUCCUCUCAGAACUCCAGUGACAAUCAGGCCAGGCGGAAAGGCAUUUUGAAACAUAAUGGCAAGUAUUCCUCCAGCAGCACUGAGUCAGACGAUGUGCCUGACAAAGUCCUCCCAACGUUUCCUGAGGUGAUCUUGCCCAAGCUGUCCCUAGCCUCUCGCAUUUGCCCAUCAAGCGCUGUGAGUGAAGAUAGCAUCCUUUCCACAGAGUCCUUUGACCAGCUUGAUUUGCCUGAUCGAAUGCCAGGAAGUGGAGGGGUCUCCAUGCGUGGCUCUGUCUCUGCAGAUGACCUCUUGCAACUUGAGGAAGGAGAUGGGGAAACCAAAGGUCGCCGACUCAGACGCUGGACAGUGACUCAGUGCCAAAAACCCCUUGCAGACAGUUGUUUCUCUCUGGCAGACUGUGAUAAUGUUACUGAAGUCUACAAACGGGCUGUGACUAUCAGCAUGAAACUAAGCUGAUGGACUCAUUGCCAAUAAGGACCACUGACACAUGUUUGCUAAUCGUGGCAAACAUGUUUUACAGCCCAGAUUCUGGCAUUCUCCAAACAAUUUGCACUUCCCAUUCAGAUAGAUAAAGAACUAAAGAAACAGUCUUUGUCUUCACCCUGACAGGGUUGGGAGGCUAUUUAUUUUUACAUAUUCCUUGUUUUUUUUGAUGAUG